AUGGUUGGACAAAGCAUCUGCAUUUCCCCACCAGGAAGCUCGUCAUGGGACGUCACGACGACCAACCGGACGUCCACCAUGACCUUUACUAUGUUUACCGGGGACUGGGAAACUGGCCCAGCGCCAACUCAGGUGACAGAAUCCCCGACAUACACUGCUCUGCCGACCAAAUUCACCUCCCUCACAAGUACAUACACAGUCAACCAAACGGCACAAAGUAUGAUUGCAGACUACUCCAAAUACUGCCCAAUUUCGGAUGACGACUACGAAGACGGCUUCCAGUGGGAAGAUCUUUCGGGCAACUGUCAGGAUCUGCUUGAUCCUUACUGCAGUCCCGAUAUCCACUCCCCGUCGCCUAAAUCAACGAAGUUCCCAGGCUCCUGUACGCCAACUGCAGUCUCUGCUACUCCAACUGGCUCGUCAACACCCAUUCCGUCGCCAACAUUGGAUGGCACAACCUCUAAGUGUAGCAAGUUCUACUAUAUCGUUGCGAACGACACCUGUCCUGCGAUUGUCAAAGAAUAUGGAAUUAAGCUGACUGAUUUCUACUCCUGGAACCCUGGCGUCGAAUCUGACUGCCGCACCCUCAAGACUGAAUACUAUGUCUGCGUUGCUGUUUCUGGUGGUUCAAAUUCAAUGAACACUACAGGAACUGGCUCGCAGACAGCGACUGGUUCGCGGACAGCAACUAGCUCGUCGACGUCAACUACCACCGCCAGUGCCAAUCCCUCGCCAACCGAAGAUGGCGUCGCAUCCAAUUGUGAUAAAUGGCAUUAUGUGGAAGAUGGGGAUGGAUGCUUUGACCUAGCAAAGAAGUAUAAUAUUACACUUAUUGAGUUCUAUGACUGGAACCCCGCCAUCGGGGAGGGUCGUAAAUCUCUCAUAACGGAAUACUUUGUCUGUGUGGGGGUAAAGGGUGGCACAGCUCCGUCUUCUACAACUACUCAAAAGCCCACGUCUACCAGUGAUGGCACUACCACUAGCCCAUCUGAGACUUUGCCGGGAACUAUUUAUACGUGCAAGAAGUAUAACAAGGUUCUGGACGGUGAUGGAUGCUAUGCCGUCGCCGCUGCCCAUGAUAUCACUCUGAAAAAUUUCAAUUCCUGGAAUCCCAGCGUCAAAAAUGACUGUAGUGGACUUAGGUUUGACAGCUACGUCUUUGUGGGAAUUUAG